UUGGUGGCAGCCACAUGCCUCAACGAAGGUGGUUUCCAGUUGGGUAUUUACUAUGAAAUACCCAGGGUGUGAUUGUUUCCUAAUUUAUUAAGGGCAAACUUAUGAGCAUGUACAACAUAUGACCAUGUUGUAUUGAAGGGGUCAAAAGGAGUACAAGAACACAUAAACUCGUUAGCCCCAGAUACACAAUCAGAGUGAAAGGUCCAAGUGAGCAGUAGUGGAGGGAAAGUGGGACAGAAGGGAGGUGAUCUGGAAGGUUCCCUUAGAGGAAGACAAGCUAUUCAAGCACUCCAACGUGGGCUGCAACAAAGAUCCAGGAAUAGACACCAGGUUAGUAAUCCAACUUUCUAGCUUUGCAAAAUCCCUCUCCUACUCUGACUCUCUAGACUUCUAAACUGGAUUUCUUAAGGCAAGUUACUGAAAUAUGGUAGCAAUUUUUUAAGAAGGCAGGUUCUUCAUAUAGUAAUCAGAACACCAAAUUUUUCAUUAUAGUUUGUGUGCCAUUGUGGCUGGGAAAAAACAGCCUUUGCUUGUAACAAAGGAGUAGAAAUUUAGUGUACAGCAUGAAUCAAGCAUGACCACACAUCGAUGCUCCAACAUGCUGGACCAGUAAGAAUUUUUUUUGGUUUAAAAAAAAAAAAUUGUUUCUUGCACACAUGGGAGGUAAAAAGGUUGAAGCUUUUUAUUACCUACUCACCCAUUCAAAUCAGGAAGAAGGUAUCAGCUGGAAAUUUAAGUGCUUAGCAGCUUAGUGAAAGACUUGGAAGUAGAAAGUCUGUCACUACCAUUAGGUGGUUUAAAGUUUUUUUUUUUCCUUUUUUUUUUUUAGUUUUUUUUUUGUGGCAGUCUAAAGGGGAAAAGGCUGGAAUAUUUUGGCAUUUGGUUAAAAACUGUGCAUGAAUAAAACCAUGCUAAAACUUCUAAAACCGUUAAUAAUAAAUGUACAUUACUUAUAAAAAACAAAUUUAAUAAAUGGACAUCAUGACUGAGAAAAGUUCACGCUUCACAAUCAUUAGCUAAAGCAAUGAGACACGUAGAUACUAUAGUAAGGGGUUUUACAUUUAAAAAAUGCUUGCCUACUUUGUUACUUCAGCUAUUGGGUUAUUCUCACUUUGUGUAUGAAUACAGCAUACAGGAAAGUCUGAUGCAUUUUCCCUUCAUUGUCAUAAGCUUCAGCACAUAUAUUGCACACAUAUAUUGCCCAAAAUGUGUGAUGGGUAAGAGGCAUUUUAUUACCUACUCACCCAUGCAAAUCAAUGAUUAAGGUAUCAACUACUUGUUUAAGUGACUAGCAGCAACGUUGGAGACUUGCAAGUAGAAAGUGAGUCACUACUAGUAGGUGUUUUAACUUUAUAUUUUCUUGUGGCAGUCUAAAGGGGAAAAGGUUGGAAUAUUUUGACAAUUGGUUAAAAACUGGGCAUGAAUAAAACCAUGCUGGAAGUGAUUCUACCAAUAAGAAUAAAUGUUGCAAUGAUUGAGUAUUUUCACGUUUGACCAUCAGAAAUUUAGCAAUGAUCUUGUAGAGGUUAUGGUAAGGGAUUUAUUCAUCAAAAAAAAAAAAAGUUUAUGGUAAGGGAUUUGACAAUAACCCAAAUUGCAGAAACUGCUUUGUUAAUUCAGUUGUAACAUAGUCUCAAUUACUGUGAUUGAAUACAGAAUAUACACAGUUUGAUGCAUUUUUCACUCAUUGUCAUAAGGUUCAGCACAUAUAUUGCACACAUAUAUCGACAAUGGUGAGAUGGGUAAGAGGACGAUGGCGUGGACCAGGUGGAAUACAUAGAGCAGGAGGCAUACGUGUCCAACAACGUCCACUUUUGAGUGAUAUACAAGAUAGGGAACACGAAGUACAUUCGGACGAUUCAACUCAACCACCAAAUGUUGGUGGUGAUGAGACAGUGGAAGCUAUAGGGAAUGAGGCUGAAAGGGUUGUGAGCACUGAACAUAAUGGAGAUUUGCCAACUCGAAAACGUGGUCGGGGACCAGCAAAAGACACGCUUUUUGAACGUGUUCGGAAAUUUGGGAAAAUACCUCUGAAUAUUAAGGAAGGACAAAGAGGUCCAUCUUGUGAGAAUUACAACAUAUUUUCUGGACGAGUGACAUCGAUUGUUAGACUUCAUGCAAACAUGCGCUAUGCAAGCUGGAAACAAGUAUCUAAAGAGGAGAAAGAGGAGCUAAUUGACCGUGUUCGAGCUGACUUUAUAUUAGAUUGGACACAAAGUUCCCAUCGUGAGUGUGUGAUAAAUGCUCUCCAUCGAAAAUACAAUGCAUUCCACUACCUACUACGCAAGCAAUACUUGGGCUAUUCCUCACAUGAAGCUGCACUUUCUGGCGGGACAACCUGGGUGGAGAAGCCCGUUUGGGAAUACUUAUGUGGAUUGUGGUCGGGUGAACCAUUCAAGAAAAUGUCACAGAGAAAUAGCACAAAUAGGAAAAAACAGCGAAUCAACCAUACAAGUGGCCGAAAGCCUUUUGUUAGGGUUAUGGAGGAAACUAAUGAACAAGCCCCGAACUUGGUAGCUUUUUACAAAGAAGUGCAUUGGUCAAAAAAGAAAGGUGGAUUUAUCACCAACACUGCAGAACAAAAUUAUAAUCUGAUGCUUGAGCGGUUGAAUGAGACUGAGUUGGAUGGGAACAUGGAUGAAACAGCUAAUGCAGUGUUUAAGGAGGUUUUAGGAUAUCGACCAGGUUAUGCAACGGGUCUAGGCCACUCUGUUAUACCUGAACCAUCUCCUUCAUUGCUCAACAAUAGGGAUUAUCAACGCGUUGUUGAGGAGAACGAAAAGAACAAGAAUGAAGCAAAUUUGUACAAGAACCAGUUAGAAGCACUGAGAUCUGAUUUACUGGAAUUCAAGAACCAAUUUAAAGACUAUGAGAAAGUGAUGAACACUCGGAUGUCUCGUUAUGAGUCUCGGAGGGAGUCUCAGCACGAGACUCCCAUUGAUGCCUAGCCAUCGCUAGUUUUCCAAAAUCAUCCCUGCUUUUGAAAUGUUUUUUGAACUGCUGUUGAGGGUUGAUCAGACAGUAGAUGGGGAUGAUUGUGGUGAGUUCCAACUUUUGUUGAGCAACUUAGGAUGUGGCUUGGUUGGAAGUGAAUGGAAAGUCAUACCAGACAUGCAUAUUGACAGCAUUGUUUGACUGAAUUAGCAAAGGGACUGAAAGGGACUACUGCUAGAGACAAAGGACUGCUGCAUGCCUGAGACACUUCCAGAAAUGUUCAAAUACUUGCUUUUUGAGCCAAGACCACACCUGCUUUUGUCUAGUAACUUAUCAAAGUAUAAGUCAGUCUCUCUUGAAUCUAGAUGUAUGAACUGCUUGGGAAAGUUGCCUAACUGUUGGAAAUUUCAGUUUUAGGAUGAUAUUUAUAUGGCUGAUAGAUCAGCUCUAUAUGGUUUAUGUGGAUCAUGUUUAAUGAUACUCAUUCGGUAAUAUAUAAAAUGUGUGUAUAUGGAAGUACUUUGCCUAGAAA